ACAUUUUUGGCUAUAAUGCAAGAGAAUGAUAAUGCACCAAUAAGAAAUCAAGAUGUAAACUUUAGCGCGAUACAGACAAUACCCAGCGUUGCUGUCGAUGAUGCAAUAGCAGAAGACAGUGCUUCAUCGGAUGCGAGAGGAGGAUGGAGUUGCAGGCAUUGCACAUAUUCGAAUCCACGUACUGUAAAUUGCGAGAUAUGCAUAUUACCAAAGGAUUAA